AGGAGGAAGCGGAGGAUUACGAGCUCGAGCACGAACUGAAACCGCGUAGAAGUAACGACGAGUAGAACAGCACGAGUCGGUCCGAGUUCCGCCUCCGGAAUAUCGGCGAGCCUGUUGCAUUACGUUGGAAAACCUAACACACACACACACACACACACACACACACACACACACGCGCGCGCACUGAUCUGACAGCAACUUUCUGUCAGCUGCACGAGGAAUUAUUUUGUUUACAUUGUUUUGUUUCUUUAUAUCGUGCCAUGGCUGAUGUCACUGACUCGUCCUCAGCGGACGUCGCGAACCGAUUCGCCCGUAAAGGAGCGUUGAGGCAGAAAAACGUCCACGAAGUGAAGAACCACAAAUUCACCGCGAGGUUCUUCAAGCAGCCGACUUUCUGUAGCCACUGCACCGACUUCAUCUGGGGCUUUGGAAAACAGGGAUUCCAAUGCCAAGUGUGCUGUUUUGUGGUCCAUAAGCGUUGCCAUGAGUUCGUCACGUUCUCCUGCCCCGGAGCGGACAAAGGACCCGAUACAGACGAUCCAAGAAGCAAACACAAAUUUAAGAUCCACACUUAUGGCAGCCCGACAUUUUGCGAUCACUGCGGCUCGCUGCUGUACGGCCUCAUCCACCAGGGCAUGAAAUGCGAUACAUGUGACAUGAACGUCCAUAAGCAGUGUGUGCUCAAUGUGCCAAGCCUGUGUGGGAUGGACCACACGGAGCGACGGGGACGAAUCUUUUUGAAGAUUGAAGUAAAAGGAGACGAGAUGCACGUUACAGUGGGCGAGGCUAGAAACCUGAUCCCGAUGGACCCUAAUGGAUUGUCUGACCCGUACGUGAAGCUUAAGCUUAUCCCUGACCCCAAAAACGAGACCAAGCAGAAGACCAGGACAAUCCGCUCCUCACUCAACCCCACCUGGAACGAGUCCUUCACGUUUAAGCUGAAACCAACAGAUAAGGACCGCAGGCUUUCUGUGGAGAUUUGGGAUUGGGACAGAACCACUAGGAAUGACUUCAUGGGUUCAAUGUCCUUUGGAGUAUCCGAGCUUAUAAAGUGUUCAGCAUGUGGAUGGUUUAAACUGUUGAACCAGGAAGAGGGCGAGUAUUACAGCGUGCCCAUUCCUGAGGAGGAUGACGGGAACGUGGAGCUCAGGCAGAAGUUUGAGAAAGCUAGGCUUGGUCCUGGUAAGAAGGCCGUCACCCCAAUUGAUGACAGCACUAGUUUGCCUUCCAUUAAUCUCAACGAGGUCAAACUCACCGACUUUAACUUUCUGGCCGUGUUGGGGAAGGGAAGCUUCGGGAAGGUGAUGCUAGCAGAAUUAAAGCUCACAGAAGAACUGUAUGCUAUAAAGAUCCUAAAGAAAGAUGUAGUGAUCCAGGACGACGAUGUGGAGUGCAUCAUGGUGGAGAAGAGGGUGCUGGCACAGCAGGACAAACCCCCGUUUCUCACCCAGCUUCACUCCUGCUUCCAGACUGUGGACCGUCUUUAUUUUGUGAUGGAGUAUGUGAAUGGUGGUGACCUCAUGUAUCACAUUCAGCAAGUGGGCAAAUUUAAGGAACCUCAGGCAGUGUUUUAUGCAGCAGAGAUCGCUGCCGGGCUGUUCUUCUUGCACAAGAAGGGAGUAAUAUACAGAGACCUGAAGUUAGACAACGUGAUGCUGGAUGCUGAGGGACACAUCAAGAUUGCAGACUUCGGUAUGUGUAAGGAGAACAUGUAUGAAGGUGUAAUGACACGCACAUUCUGUGGAACACCCGACUACAUCGCCCCGGAGAUUAUCGCGUACCAGCCGUACGGCCGCUCUGUGGAUUGGUGGGCUUACGGUGUUCUGCUCUACGAGAUGCUGGCCGGACAGCCACCGUUCGACGGUGAAGAUGAGGACGAGCUCUUCCAGUCCAUCAUGGAGCACAACGUGUCCUACCCUAAAUCCUUGUCCAAAGAAGCCGUGUCCAUCUGCAAAGGGCUGAUGACGAAGCACCCUUCCAAGCGUCUAGGCUGUGGUUCAGAAGGCGAGCGGGAUGUGCGUGAGCAUGCGUUUUUUCGCCGCAUCGACUGGGAAAGACUAGAGUGCAGAGAGAUUCAGCCUCCAUUCAAGCCUAAAGUGGGCGGUAAGGGGGCAGAGAACUUUGACAAGUUCUUCACACGUACACAGCCACAGCUAACACCUUCAGACGAGCUCGUCAUCACCAACAUCGACCAGUCAGAGUUUGCCGGCUUCACCUUCGUCAACCCACAGUUUGUCCACCCGUCGCUCACCAACACAAUAUGAACGAGGAUCGAUUGAGGCUCCAAGAGUAACUCUACAUACACAACCCCAGGAAUGCCUCAUGCUUUCUCUUUUCCUUGUCAUAUCUAAAAUAAUUUACAUUUCAACUCCACACAUUUUCUAUUCUUUUCUUAUAGGAUUUCUACAAUUAUUCAGUUCAUCGUUUUAAUUUUAGGCCAGUCAGAGAGGUAAAAGCGCUCGGAUGUUGCUGUCUAGUACGAGUGUUUUUACACUAAACUGACCACUUAGUAUCAUAAAGCGUGUUGGUUUACGCUUUAUUUCUCUUAACAUGAAACCCUGUAAGAGAUGCAAAAACCUGUGCUUCCUGGUGUUUAUAGUUUAACCCAUGCUAGUCUUCCCAAUCAGGAAGCACAAAGUGGGGUUUUCUCAGACCUGUGCGUUGAUUAUUUUCACCACUGACAUGUCAGUUACCUUUGCUUGUGGUCUUGCUUUUUUUUGAGCGCAUAUUGAGCUUCACCUUGGAACUGGUGCGGAUAUUCAAAGUAAAAUGAUGACUAAAAAUUAGACUAUCGGCCUAAUAACAUACGGUAUGGCUAGGUUAAAUAUGUAAAAGCUGCGCUCGCGUUACCAUUAAAUAAAUGCAGAUCUUUGACACAGAAGCAGAUACUAAAACAUUUUAAGAAAACCUCAAAGAAAAGAUAGUAUUAUAGUAUUCAUAUCCAUCUAGUUUCCUUUUCUGGCGACAUCAUAUCUAUUCAAUACAAUUUCAGUCCUUGAUUUUAACGUAGGUUUUAUUAAACGCAUUAUUCUGUGUUAGUAUUGCUAACAUGACGCUGCUUAAUAACUUUGUGGUCCGCACGUAAAAUAGCAAAACCAAAUCACGGUCAGUUCAUAUUUCGUCCAGCUUCUUCGUCUAGCUGUAACAGUUUAGUGUUACAUUUUUAAGACGAAACCUUGAAGUCUUUUUAAUUCAAUCUUCUGUGUGUUUAACACAAACGGCAAAGCUGAAGCAUUUUUAAUAGGAAUUUAAAAAUAUUGAUUUUUCUUUUUCUUUUUUUUUUUUUGAAAAUGAAAUGAAUAAUGAUGAAUUCAAAUGGAAUGAUGCAUUUGCGUACUUGUCAAACACACGUGACGUGUUGCAUGCUCCAAACUUUUAGUAACGCCAGAGUAUUAUAUUGUUGCAAUCACAAAAUGAUAUCUUUCUAUUAGUAUUUUAGAUUCCUUUCAAAUCAUUUUUCUUCCUGGCCUGCUAGCGAUCAUUCAAUAUAAUCUUACAACAGUGUAUUAAUGAUUUUGUAAAUACUUUUAGGUUAUAUAAAAAAAAAUAGAGCGAGAUAGAGAGAGACAGAAUAUAGCAAGUAAAAAUUUUUAUACCAACAACUGAAUGUGUUUUUAUGACCUUUAGCUGAUAAAGAGUUCUCUAGACUCUAAAUGUCAGGUUUCUAGACUCAUCUUUGUCAGGUUUCUGUCCUUGCACGAGUUUCAAUCAGCUAAUUUUAACUUUAGGAAAUUUAUCAAAUGCUUUAUGCAUCGUUUUAGUAACUUUUUUAGUCUGUCUUACCUGUUCCUUACUUGCUGAUUAAACUUUUAUAUACUUGUAUAUACAUGAAAUAAUACACUACUGCUCAAAGGUUUGGAAUCACAUGACAUGACAUUUAAAUAUUACACUCUCAAAAAAAAAAGGAUAGUAAACUGUACAUUUCCUGAUUAGGGAGUUUUAUGAAAUGGUAUCCAGCACAUAACCUUAAGGUCCAGUUGUGUACCGAUACACACUAACGGUUCAAAUGAUGUAUGUUUAAAUGCAUGAUAGCACCACAGUGACAAGGAAAAAUACAGAUUCGUAUUCCUGAGCAUGGAUUGUUUUAUACACAGAGCUCUAGAAAUGUUAAAAUAACUAUCUUCUUAAGGUGAAUAACUUUCUUUAUAUGGAUUUUGGGCAUUAAUAAAUUGCGAAUAUUUUCAAUCGGACAAUUUUUUACAGCUUUCUCCAAAAGUAAAGCGUGCAACGUAAUAUGAUGGUUAUUUUCUAGCUUUAUAAUUAGAUGGAUUUGUUAACAUAACAUUCAUUUCCGUGAUGAUUUCAGACUUUUGAACAGUAGUGUAUGUAUGUGAGAGAACUAAAAAUACAGUUACUGUACAUCUUUGUGUAACUGAACUUUUUCUGUACUAAGGUUUACAUCACAGCUUUACCUGCUUAAAAUCAGCCAGUGUGUUGGACGUCAGCACAGACGCUUAAAAAAACAACCCCACAUGUUUUUCCAAACAUGUCUGGAACAGGCUAUAUUGUUUGUGAGAGUUGAUUGGUUGUAAAAGUGCGAGCUGAUUGGCUGCUGUGGUCCUGCGGUUGCCUCGGCUUUUCCAGGUGCAUGCUGAUUAUGCUAAAAGUAUGCACAUGGAAACGUUACUAAAACAGACACACGUAUACGGUAUGAAUAUUCUUAUAUACUUAUAUAUACAUAAAGUGUGCAUGAUGACUGAAGCAUUCCAGAUCACACAGCAUGGACUUAAUGUGGCGAAAAGAUGUCUUAUGUGAUGGAAUGUUUUUUGUCCUCCGUCGGUCUUAACAGUAAUGAAAAUGUCGAAUUUCUUUAAGUCUCGUCCUUUAUAUUUAUAUUGUAUGGAUUCUUCACACUACUAAGCUGUAUAGGGAAUUUGUAACAUUUCUAACAUGUGAUCUUAAGGGAAGAUCUGAAAACAGAUUAGCUUCAUAUAGGCUAACUUUCAGCACCAGCUAUAGGGAAGUGUAACAGUCUCCAUAACAACAUUAUAGCUGCUUCAUCCUUUGAUCGUCAUGUACUGGCACUUGGCUGAUUAGUAAUUAGAUGAUACAUCAUGAUUCUACACACAAACAGAAUAGGAUUAUUGUAAUUAGACAGUUCUCCCUAUCUAAGCAGAAUGACAGGUAGAAAGUAUUAAUCUGAUGGAGUCUUACACUUUCACACCAAAGCAUUUCUUUUCCUGAUUAAUAGUUAAAGUACAAGUUAUAUUAAAGGUAGGGUAACAUUUAGCAAAUCCAUUUCAUUGGAAGACGUAAUCUAAUCAGGUAUCACCAUUGAGGUAUCAACCCACUUAAACUUUUUUUUACUUUUUCAUUAAAUUGAUAAAUAUAGGUCUUGUUGAGAUGUAGAUGUAAAUUUCCUUUGAAAUAAAAUAAUGUCCCGUUCCUCAAAAUGUCUCUUUAGCAAGUUAGAACAUUAUAAUUUAUGAGUAUGACUUGUUUAUUCACUAUUGGCUGCAGAUUUUCUUUCCUGUGUGACUAAAGCUAUGAUAGAGCCAGCUAACUAUCAAGUCAUCUACACAAUCUAUCUAGGUUUUGAGGUCACCAGAUGAUAAUUAAAAGCAACUACUGGUCUGGUUUGAACAGAAUUAUGAAAUUGCCAACACAGAAAAGGUUGCAUAUGGCCAAAACUGUUAAGUUUGAUGUCCAUAUGCUCUCCUCUGUCAAUCAGAACGAUUCUAGCCAAUCAUGUGCAUCUGUAAGCUAACGUAUGUGGUAGAGGGCAAAUAACACUCUCCUGGUCGUGUGUUAUACUGCUCUGUGGUGCAGCUGUUUGCAGAUGAUGCAGAAUCUCGCUUUACAUGUCUUGGAGAAAACCCGAUGCUAGCUUUCAGCCGCCUGGGUGGUAGCUUUUAUGUAGCAAGCAAGAAGAAAGUAAGGAUGACUUAAAUGAAGGAAAAAUGUUUACAGAAAUGCUUACUUAAAAGCUUCCAUACAUUGUAGUCGUAUGCUAUAAUUUAUUCCAUGUGCAUUUGGUUGUCGUCACUCCGCCAUCCCUCAGCAGUGCCAAGCCGAUUACUGAGCCCGAUGUUAGCAGUGUUGCACUAGCUGUGAAGUCUCCACCACCACAUAUGGAAGUGUUUAUUUAAAAACUGUGUUGCAGACACAUGUAGCCAUAUUCCUUUGUGUGUAUGAGCCUCUGGAGUCAGAGGAGAUAAUUAGUCCACUACAGUGCUGAUAAUGUGGUGGUGUGUGCAGUUCCUCAGCCAUGUGCGCAGCCACUGCCUUCUGAUUUUCUUCAGCGUUGUUUGCUUUGCUUGUUCGACCAUUUUGAAGUGAUGGAAUAUCCAGUCUUGCCUUACCUAACAAUCAGACCAUCCCUGUGCCUCUGUGUGUGUGUGUGUGUGUGUGUGUGUGUGUGUGUGUGUGUGUGUGUGUGUGUGUGUGUGUGUAUGUGUGUGAGAAAAUGCUUUUGGCUCUUUUUACUCAAAGUCUGUCCCUCAUGCUCUGUUCUUCUCACACUCGUCUCUGCCAAACACUACAAGAAAACAGCUUCUGUUCUAAAAAAAAAAAGACACUGCCUCUUUAACCACUUUUCAACUGGCAGAAUUGUGUACACUUCAGGAUGAGUCAGAGACAACCAGCUAUUUAAUUAUUUCAUUUCUCCUUCUGUAGUUUUUGAGAUUAUAUAACUCGAGAAAAGGAGAAGAUGGUACUGAUUCUGCCCCAAAGAUUUCAAAAUCUAAAAUCAACCAAUUCUUUCCAUAUAUAAACUUAGUUUUAAUACGUUUAGAAAAUAAAUAAACGAAUCUAAAUAAUGGCUUUUAAAUCAUUUUAAAUUAGAUUUUAAAACGAAUUAUAUAGUGUGCCAAAGGUGAUAAAAAGGUGUUCUAUUCUACUCAAAGGGUCAAGUGUAAAAACUAAUUUUGUCAGAAAAAAGUUUUGAAGUAAACAUUUACCACAAAAAGUCAGGUUUGAAAAUUUAUUUCAGCGAAAUUACAGAUUUGUAAAUUAAAUUUUCCCAAAAAAGGACAGAUUUAAAAUCUAAAUCUUAACUAAAGGACAGAUUUAAUAUUAAUAUAAUUAAUUACAGAUUUAAAUAAAGAUUUAUUUAAUAUGGAGAAAGAUUUCAAGUCAAUGUAAAAUCAGAAUUCUGAAAAUAAACAAAUAUUUGAUAUAAAUGAAUCAAUUUUGAGGUUAUUUUAUUAAUGAACAUGUUUUAAAAUUAAUUCUUCCUUGUACUAAAAAUGCAGAAAAGAGAAGCAAAUUUAAUUUUUUCUCAGAUUUUAUUUUAUUUUUUAUUAUUUUGCCAAAGUAACAUUUUAAAAUGAAAGCUAUUUUAUUUAAAACUAUUUCUGCCCAAAAGCAGAAAAACAAUUUUAAAACAAAUUCUGAAGGUUUUUUUUUACUUUCACACCUGGAUUUCCUAUUUUUUCUUUAGUUUUUUUGUCGCUAUCCGUUUAUAUGUGUUUAGUAAGCAGGAUUGCUGGAUAAUUUGAUUAUCAGGAUGAAUAUGUGACCUAAGGUUUAAUCUCUGUCUUUCUGAUGAUGGCAUGUUAAAAUGCCAUGUAACACACUCGCUCUCUGUGCUUGUACAUUCUGAUCCAUGAUCGACUUUAAUGAAACUUUGUAAUGGUGUCUGUUGGUUUGCCCUCCUCUUUCUUGAGUCCACAACUUCAGAUAUAACCAUUGUUAUUUGUACUGACUGUAUGAUACUGCAAAUAAAGUAUGAGAAAUAAACCA